UCGAGACAACAAAGCUUUGUGUGGUUAUCAAACUUGUCCCCAAAAUUAUAAACAAGGAAAUCUGAAAUUUGGUAAACUUCAGACUGCCAGCUGUAUAUAUGCAAACGCCGUACGACCAGAUCGCCAGUUAUACGGUCGAGUCGCUGUGGUUCACUUGUAGCAAGUGUGGCUCUGAAAAUGUGGAACCACCCAAGCCAGCGCUGCCUCAUCUUGGUCUGCGUAAUAUGUGUGCUGUCUUUCGGGCUGGCCAAUGCGCUCCACGGCUAUGCUAAUGCUGAAGGUCACCCAGUGCAGAUCUCGGCCACAUUGCCAGGCCAGCUGAAGUUUGUGCAUGUCAUAUAUCGCCACGGCGACAGAACGCCCGUAGAUCCCUAUCCCACUGACCCCUGGGGCGACAGGAAGUUCUGGUCCACCGGCUGGGGACAAUUGACUAAUUUGGGCAAGCAAGAGCACUACGAGCUGGGCAAAUGGCUAAGGAAUCGUUAUUCAAGCCUCCUUCCGCCUCUAUACUCCAACGAGAAUAUCUACGUUCAGUCCACCGACGUGGAUCGCACCCUCAUGAGUGCCCAGUCAAAUUUGGCUGGUCUCUUCGAGCCGCAGGGUGAAGACAUCUGGAACACGGACAUCAGCUGGCAACCCAUACCCGUUCACACCAUUCCCGAGAAGGAUGAUCCCAUAGUGGCCGCUAAGGCACCUUGUCCCGCCUAUGACUACGAGCUGGCCAGUCUGGAAUCAUCGCCAGAAUUCAAGGCCUUGACCGAAAAGCACCGAGAUCUUUUUGCCUAUUUGAGCGCAAAAGGCGGACGACCUGUGAAGACCUUCGUAGAUGCGCAGUAUUUGAAUAACACCUUGUUCAUUGAGAGUCUCUACAACAUGACACUGCCGAGAUGGACCGAAAAGGUUUAUGGGAAAGAGGAGCUCACGUAUGUAGCAAAUUUCGCUUUUGCCAUCAGCUCUUAUACCCGAAAGCUGGCGAGACUGAAGGCGGGACCUUUGCUGAAGGACAUAUUCAAGCGGUUUAAAGAGAAAGCCUCUGGACACCUAAAUCCAGAUCGUUCGAUGUGGGUCUACAGUGCUCAUGACACCACGGUAGCCAGUGUUUUGAAUGCGCUAAAAUUGUUCGAGCUGCACAGCCCUCCUUACACGGCGUGCAUUAUGAUGGAGCUGCGUGUGGAUGAGACCAACACCCCAUUGGUGUCUAUUUUCUACAAGAAUACCACAGCCGAACCCCUGCCUCUGGACAUACCUGGUUGUGGACCUUCCUGUCCGCUGGCGAAACUGAAGAAAAUUUACCAGGAUGUUCUGCCCGUAGAUUGGGAGCGCGAGUGCAAGGUGUCCACUAUGAUGAUGACUUAUGAGGAGGCCAAUCUUGGAACUGCGACGGGCAUUCUCAUUUUAAUCGUUAUUGCGCUGCUGUUCGCCAGUUACGGCCUCAUGAUCUACUACCGACGGCGCAACUACAAGCUGUAUACCUCGUACUCUCAAAUGGCUUAGCUUCGAUACCUAUGCCAUGCAGUGAAAGACCCUACCAAAAUCUGAAUUAAGAGCCUAACACGCUCUCUAGUUGCCAACGUGAUUUGAUGUUAUUGGUGUUCGCUAUGUUGAUUUUAAGUGGAAGUCAGUGGAGUCUCAGGCCUGGUUACUACUUAGUUAAAGCGUGCAUUUCACACAAAGUCUGUUUGUAUUGAUUAGUUUUGUUAGUUUAAGUUUGAGCAUUUGUUAAACACAAGUUCGAUAGCAUUUAAUGGAAUAAUAACUGGUUUUGUUGUUAUUCAGUGAAAGAUAUGGAAUAUGAAGACUGUGAAUAGCGAUCUUGAAGUUGCAUACAUAUAUACAUAACAUAUUUAUACA